AUUUCGGGUUUUCGAAAAGUUCAAACUAUAUUUAAAAUAUGAAUACGAGCACAUUUUACAUAGUUUUGUUGUGUUUUUUGAGUCGAAACUUGUUAAAUGCGGAGCACAGCGAGGAAAAAAAUAAUCAAGAUCUUGAAGACAGACGUUAUAAAAUGUUUGGAAACGAGACUGAUGAUAAGCGUUGCAUCCAUGGAGAUCUAAUUUCAAUUACGUCGAAAACUUUUUACGCGACUGAAAAAUACUAUUACACCGAAUGUCAUACUCGAGCCCCAAGUUGCGGUUUUCAAAUGAUGCCGAUUAUGAUUAAUGGAUUGAAUACGUCCAACAAAGUUGUACGCUUUGGAUGCUUUCCAACUCGAGAUAUUUUGGGAAAUCAGUUUUUUCUAAACAAGCGAUAUUACUCGAAUUCUUUUGAUGGAAUAUACAGUAUGUUUGACUACUUUGCAUUCGAGAAUACUGGUAUUGCUGAUUAUUUAAUUUAUUACAAACCGACAGCGGAAGAACUAAAAGCAGUUAGAUAUGUUCAUGAAAACAGAUGGGUUGAAAAUCCACAGGAAUUCAUAGUCCAGAAGAAAAAUGAGAGUAGCGCAGAAGCUCAUUCGGAUGGUCUCAAUGCAUACUUCCGCCAUAAAAAGAUUACCCCACUCAUGAUAAUUUACAUUCUAUUCAUUUGCUUUUCUGUCAUUUUCAAGCUUAUCUGGCUUGUACAUACAGCAUGGAAGAAUAUGAAGCAGGGAUAUGCACCAAUUGCAAAAAUGAGCGAAGUGAAAGAAGACUUUGAACGAACUGUAGAAGAUCUCGAUUGAACAGAAAUUCCGCAUAAAUAGACCUAAAAAUUGCUGAAAAAUUCUUGAAAUAAAAAGCGAAAACCCAUC